GUCUCAUCCACGCUGCGUUCUCCUCACACACACACACACACACGUUUCUUGCACUGUUUUCUCGCUGGCUUUUAACUCUUCCAGUGCUGAAUCCUUGUAAAACUCUUGUUCAGUUGCUAUCGGCUUGAAGGAACUCGUGUUGAUUUAAUUUUGGUCAUAAUGUCAUUGUUUAUCCCAGGAAAGAUCUUGAACACUGCCCAACUCUCUUGCGUCCUCUGCCGCUCCAUUACCGCGCCGACAAACACACACACACACAAACACACACACGCCUGACAGUAAGUAAUGCUUUAAUUGAGAAGGAAAUUCUUUAAUUAAUUUUAACAUUAAACUAGAGCAAUAAUUACAAAAAACAUAAGUUGCUAUGUGAUAACGCUGUUUGUGUAGGUAGUUCAUGAGCGUGUGUGUGUGUGUGUGUGUGUGUGUGUAAGUGAGAGAGAGAGAGAAAGGGCGAGCGACAGAGAGAGAGAGAGAGAGAGAGAGAGAGAGAGAGAAAGGCAGUCCGCCAAUUAUCGCGAUGGACGCAGGAAACUCAGCAUGAGCUUUUCCUUCUUCCCUUCCAAUUCCUGUCGCUGAAGAUCCUGUAGCCUCCGCCACAGGGAACAGCGGAAUAAGUCUUUUCAUUCUUCACCCUGAGCGCUUUCCGACCCCCUUUUUAUUUAUUUUCAUCCGACAAGUUGCUCCACAUAAAGGCCAUUUUAUUUUUACGGUCGGAUAAACGGAGACCAGAGCUAAUGGAGAUGAUCUGAAGGAAAGCCGAUUGGCAAUGACCAGACGUCUUCUCCAUCAAUUCCAUGUUUAAUUCACUGUAGGUACUUGUGAAUGUUCCACGUGCGCGUUAACAGUCUUCACAGCGCGCGACUCCGUGCCAAUGUGACCGCGUCCGGGAGGAACUCGUGGGAAGCAGGGCAGAUAUUUCACUGGAUCGUUUGGCUGGGAUUUUCAGCAUGGCAUACCCUCCGGGCUACUUGUACCAGGCGUCCACUCCUCUGGCUCUCUACUCGUGUCCUUCGUACGGCUCGAGUGUGCUGGCGGCGCCGCGCGCGGAUGAGCUGAGCAGAGGGAACUCCAGCUCGGGCUCCGCGUUUGCGCCGUACGCAGGAUCUACAGCGUUCACCAGCCAAACUCCAGCCUUCAGUUCGCUUCAGUACGGAUCAGAGCCCGCAUCCGCUCCACAAUUCUCCUCAUUCGUGGGUUCCCCGUAUGAACCGUCCCCGGGUUUGGCCGCCUCUCUGGGUUACGCGCACCCGUACGGUGCGCCGCUGGGCGCGUUCCCGCUUGGGGACCCCGCGUAUCGGAAGAACGCCACGCGGGACGCCACCGCAACGCUGAAGGCCUGGCUGAGCGAGCACAGGAAGAACCCGUACCCCACCAAGGGGGAAAAGAUCAUGCUGGCCAUCAUUACCAAAAUGACCCUAACCCAAGUGUCCACCUGGUUCGCCAACGCGCGAAGGAGACUAAAGAAGGAGAACAAGAUGACUUGGACCCCACGGAACAGAAGCGAGGACGAAGAUGAAGAAGAUAAUAUCGAUUUGGAAAAAAAUGAUGACGAGGAGCCGGUUAAGGCAGCUGAAAUGGCAGAGUCGACCAAAGAAUUAGGCCUCCCGGUUAGUCCAGGAUUAAUCACGAGUGAGAAGCACACAGAACACACUGAUGAUGAAGCGGACUGUCUUACUGACUCUUCCGCUCGGAGAGACGCAGAGCUGCGGGCAGGGUGCGAGUCUCUAUUACCCACUACCUCCUCUCUCCAAAGCGGUCCGGAGAGAGUCGGGCCAGAGACGCCUGUAGAUCAGGGAGACUCCCCGAGCGCGGUAAAGCCCCCUGGAGAGAGCGGCCUUGGAACAUCUGUCAUUCACUCUACGAACCCGGCUCCCAAACCCAAACUGUGGUCUCUGGCCGAGAUCGCCACGUCGGAUAAACCUAGUGGUGAGCGGCUCCAAACAUGCGGAGCUGCUCAGAGUCCGGUUAUCAUCAGCACGGGCACGUUCUCGCCCUCCAGGUCGCCCACACGGGCUCCUCUCCUCCCCAGGCACUUCUACUACGCUUCUGCUUUUUAUCCUGCGUUCACGAACUACAGCGCGUUCGGACCGGCAGCUCGCGCCUCCAGCUCGGGAUUAAGCGAAGCGGCGCUGCACAGAGCGGCCAGAGGAAACACAGCUGCCGACUUGUGCAAAGAGCUGGCAGAGGCCGAGGCGCACUCCAAGCGCUAAAUAUGCCUCUUAAUCGGGUUUACUCCGUUUUAUUUAUCCUCUCUGGGAUGAAAAACUGGAUUUUCAUUAGAUAAGGGUAAUAAUGAGAAAAUCAGCCGGUUGCCGUAGAGCCCAUACGUGACUGCAAAUCUUGUAUAAAUGAAGCUUUUUGUAUUCGGAAAGGGAAUUUUAUGAAAUUUUAUGUUUGAAUUACUAUAAAGUAAAAACUAUUGCUUCUUUGCUAAUCCAUCCACGUGAAAGCAGAGCGGCGGAAAAGGCCAAAGUUAAUUCACACCUUUACAUUUCUAGAAUUUACUCAGCGUUUGUAAAAAAAAAAAAAUAUUAGGAUAUCAUUAAUUCCCCAUCGAAUUUAAGCAAACGUACACUUUUCCGGUCUGACAGAUAUUAUAGUGUUGUUUAAGGUAGGCUAUUUUUUAUCAUACAGGCAAUCGAGUGGAAUGUCCGUUCAAUUAUGGUUUUAAUUCACAAUUGUAAUAUUUGAUUUUAUUACAGAGAUUUUGUGUGGCCAAUAAAUUAUAUAUGGUUUGAUUUA